GAAUCAAACCCAAAAAAAAAAAAAAAACAAAAGAAUUGAAAAGUUUUGGGCUUAAAACCAUGUCUUAAUUCGUAAGACUAAGGCGAUAGAAAUAAUAACACGCAGGCCUAGUCCACGCCAACGUCAUGCAACUGCUGGGAAAGAGAAACAAGUGAACACCAGCGAAUUUAAGAAAUCGUAUCCACGUACGAAAUGGUCGACAUAUUCUAUUUGGUGGUAAUCCACAUUCUCGGUUUGCUAUUGCUUGGUGGGAAAACUGGAGCAGUAAAUGAAUUUGAGGCCCCGCAUCCGGCGCAUCAGUUUGCUUCUAAUGACAUAGUUGCACAGUUUAGUUUACCUGCUAUGGUGGGAGGUGUAGCUAUUGGAACAGAUAGCAGCACCACUUCGACCGCAGCGAACUACGCCAAUCGUUCAGCAUCGAACUCUGCGCACGGUUCAACUGUGGGGAGGGAUGGCCAGACGAAAAACUAUUUCACGCACUUGAGCUUCGACGCCAUGCACAAUGUGCUGUACGCCGGGGCUACAAACAAAAUUUUAAAGCUGAACGAAAACCUAAGAGUCCUCUCAGAGGCGGUGACAGGACCCAAACACGAUGCUCCACAAUGUCAUGCAGGGGGCUGUCCUGAGGACGUGGAGACCACAUUGAUCAAUAACUAUAACAAGAUAUUGGUGGUGAGUUAUGCCCACAACGAUGGCAUACUCAUAUCAUGUGGUAGUAUUCGACAAGGUGCCUGUGAAAUAUAUAGUCUACCCCGAUUCCCGUCGACGCCACAAUUCAUUGCAGUGCCAUUAGCUGCCAAUGAUGAAUACGCAUCUACAUAUGCAUUUGUAGGUCCGGCGCGUUAUUCGUGGAAGGAGGAGGAUAUACUCUAUGUAGGUACAACAUUUACAAAUGUUGGCGAUUAUCGUCACGACGUACCUGCCAUUUCGUCACGUAGACUUGACGAUUUGAACUACGCUGAGUUCUCAAUACAACAGUCAAUUAUUAACAUCGAUGUGAAGUAUCGUGAUCAUUUUCUCGUUGAUUAUGUGUACGGAUUUAAUUCGUCGGAAUACGCGUACUUUGUACUUGUACAGAAGAAAUCGCAUUUAGCCGAAGAGAAUGGCUACGUAACUAGAUUGGCUCGUAUCUGCAUUACCGACUCGAACUAUGAUAGUUACACCGAAAUCACUAUUCAGUGCACAGCAACGGACGAUAAUGUGGACUAUAAUAUUCUUCGCGAUGCAAAGAUAACCCACGCCAGCCAAAAGUUAGCUCAGCAAAUGGGGAUUAAGCGUGACGAUCAUGUGCUAGUAACAAUAUUCUCGCCUUCAAAAGAAAUUAGCGACCAGCCUGAAAAUAGUUCGGCCAUGUGUAUUUACAGUCUGAAGGACAUUGAUGAUGUGUUUAUUGAGAACAUUCAUAUGUGCUUUAACGGCACGAUUAAAGAUCGAAACCUCGGUUAUAUAUCUGGUACAAUUAACGAUGGGAGGUGUCCCAUCGUUGGGUCUCUUGGAAAUAUUUAUAACUUCUGUUCCGUAGGAUUGAAAUUGAGUGGCGUGGCGCCAAUAUCUGCGCAUGCUUUGUUCUAUUUUCCCAAUGUGUCCAUCACAUCAGUAACUGCAACAACAACAACUGAUAAUCAGCACUCUUUGGCAUUUCUUGGCACUGAAAAGGGAACUAUCAAGAAAGUCCUACUGUCCGGCCAAAGACCUGGCGAGUAUGAGGAAAUUGUUGUGGAUCCCGGUAACAGAAUAUUGCCUAACACAAUGAUGUCACCCAAAAAAGACUUUCUUUAUGUAUUGUCGCUGCGUAAGAUAACGAAAUUACGAAUAGAGCACUGUUCUGCGUACACUAAUUGUUCGGCAUGUUUGGAGUCGAGAGACCCUUUUUGUGGGUGGUGCUCCCUAGAAAAACGAUGUACGGUGCGAUCGGCCUGUCAACGGGACACUUCCGCGUCUCGUUGGCUCUCUCUUGGAAGCGGACAACAAUGUAUUGAUUUUGAGUCGAUAAUACCAGACAAGAUACCCAUUAGUGAGCUUACGCAGUUGCAGCUCAUAAUCAGAACUCUACCGGAGCCGUUCAAUGCAAAGUACCGGUGUGUCUUUGGAAAUUCGACUCCAAUCGAUGCAGAAAUUCUUGAACAUGGCUUGAUAUGUGCAACACCGCCUUUAGACCAGAGACCACAGAUUCCAAGCAACACCGACCACGUCCUAGUACCCCUCUCUGUUCGCAGCUCGGAGACCAACAAGGAUUUUGUGUCUCGGUCGUUUGCUUUUUUUGACUGUUCACACCACGUUAAUUGCCAGGCAUGUGUAAGCAGCUCUUGGGGCUGCAACUGGUGCAUUUUUGACAACAAGUGUGUGCAUAAAUUGGAGCAGUGUCGCAACAUGGAAAAUGCAAUCAGUACUGUCAGUCAGUGUCCCCAUUUAAAGCGAAGCCGGGAAGCCAUACUUCUGCCUGUGAGAGUCCCAAAGGAAAUACGCUUGGAGAUUGAGAAUUUACCAAAACCAAAAAGUGCUCAUGCUGGCUUUCUCUGCACAGUUCACAUAGAAGCGGCACAGAUGCUGUUACCGGCUCACAUAGAGUUCAACAAGGUGGUUGUUUGCGAGAAAACGCCUUACUUUUAUGAAACCAACACACACGAGUACGAGGCCAAGGUGGACAUUACUUGGAAUCGUCAACAUUAUGUGGAUACGGCCAUGGUCACACUCUACAAAUGCGAUGUCUUAGGUUCGCAUCGGGAGCAUGCCGAUUGCAGUCUAUGCGUUACACGUGAACCAAAGUAUCAAUGUGCCUGGUGCGGCAACUCAUGUGUUUACAACGAGACAUGCGUAUUAGGUGGUGACAACAUGCAAGUGGGAGUGGGACCACCUCUGGCACAUCAAGGCGAAUGCCCAAGGCCGCGAAUAGAUAUUAUUAAACCUUUGUCUGGGCCCAUCGAAGGCGGCACACUUGUUACAAUUGAGGGCAGCAAUCUUGGCAUACGCGAGGAAGACGUUCGUGGUAAAAUAUCAAUUGGCUCAGUGCCUUGUGAAUUGGUGAAUUAUCAAAUAUCUGUGAAAAUAGAAUGCCGCACAGGCGCCGCUCCGUACGAGAUGUCCGCGCCGAUCAAAGUGGCCAAUGAGGCUGGUUACACCGAGUCGAGUGUGCAAUUCCAUUUCAAGGAUGUACAGCUUACUGGCCUAUAUCCCACGGUUGGACCUAAAUCCGGUGGUACACAGGUAUCUCUGAUGGGUAAAUACCUGAAUAUUGGAUCCAGUAUUCGUGCGUUCCUCGAUGAAUACGAAUGUCACAUUAAUGUAACACAGGCAUCAUCGUCUCGUGUUACCUGCAUCACAUCCGAAGCUACGCAACCUGAACCCAUACGUUCCCUCCGCCUUGUUGUUGAUGGUGCAAACCGGACGUUCACAUGUCAGAAUCCAACUUCGGGACACAGUUUCGCAGGCCACCAGCAGUUACGCAGCAAUUACGGCACAUAUCAGUAUCAAUAUCAUAUACCACCGCCGCAGCCCUGCUCAAUAUUCAAUUAUACGCAAGAUCCUCGUAUAAUGCAGAUCAAACCUCUGCGCAGUUUUGUGAGUGGUGGCCGAAUUUUGACUGUCCACGGCAUGUAUCUUGAUUCCGUUCAGAAACCGGAGCUAGAGGUCUUUUUUGACCAGGAGCGUGUAAACAAGACAUCGUGUUUGGUGAUCGAUUCUAGUCAAAUGGAAUGUCCAUCGCCUCCAGUAAACCUGAAGUUUCAGUCUAUGAAAAACACAAUAAGAGUGUCACAAUCUGGGUCCGGUGCAGACACCACAGAGGACAAGGAUUUAACUGAAAUUGAUAGGCAAAAACGAGGACUAUAUACUGACACUUUUCACACAUAUACAACCAGCGGAACUGCCUCCAGUUAUUUCACUGGCAAUAACAUGGAUGUCGCAGCUUUCGUGAAGGUCCAUGAGACGCAGCUGAACUUGCAGCUCAGCUUUGUGAUGGACAACGUUCAGCUAGUACGUGACCUUAACAAAUAUUUUCACGAUAUCCGUAGUUCUAUUGUGUACCUGGCAGAUCCCAAAUAUUUACCAUUUCCCAAUGAUGGCGUGAAGUUGUAUAAAGGAGAUACAUUGGUAAUUGAGGGCGAGCUCCUAAAUUUAGCAGCCGAUGAGUAUGACGUAAAUGUUACGAUUGGUACAGCCCAGUGUAAUAUAACAAGCCUGGCACUUACACAACUUCUUUGUAUACCACCUGAGCAGCAGCCUCCAUCCACUGAUGAAAAUGGAGUAGAUCAAUUGCCCGAUUUGCCGUUGGUUGUUGUUAAAGUGGGCCGCAAUUUGCGAUUCGUCAUUGGCUAUUUAAAGUAUGAUCUAAACAAACCAUAUGCUUUUUCGCAUGCCCUACUUGGCAUUAUUAUAUCCGUAGCUGCCCUUGUCAUUUUGCUGGUUAUUGUGCUGAUUAUAUUCCGUCGUAAGUCAACGCAAGCCGAAAGGGAAUAUAAACGAAUUCAAAUACAGAUGAUAACACUAGAGAGUAAUGUACGUUCCGAAUGCAAACAGGCAUUUGCCGAGUUGCAGACUGAGCUUAUGACGGAUCUAACUGCUGACCUUGAGAGCUCCGGCAUACCCUCCUUAGAUCAUGUGAACUACAUCAUGAAGGUAUUCUUUCCCGGUGUUUCGGAUCACCCAAUACUGAACUCCCCAAAACUGCGUGGCAAUAGUCCGCAAACGAACUACGACGCUGCUAUGAUACAGUUCGAACAGCUUAUUGGCAACAAAUACUUUCUUUUAAUAUUUAUCGAAACCUUAGAGGCCCAAAGAUCAUCUUUCUCCAUACGUGAUCGAGUGAACGUAGCCUCGUUGCUUAUGGUUGUACUAAUGAACAAAAUGGAGUAUGCAACUGAGAUAUUAAAGUCUUUGCUCUUACGGCUCAUCGACAAAUCGCUGGCAAGCAAGCAUCCACAGCUAAUGCUGCGAAGAACUGAAAGUGUGGUGGAGAAAAUGUUAACCAACUAUUUGGCCAUUUGUAUGUACGAUUAUCUGAAGGAAUAUGCCGGAUCUAGUCUGUUUCUACUCUUUAAGGCCAUCAAACAUCAAGUCGAAAAAGGCUUGGUGGAUGCAAUAACAAAUGAUGCACGGUACUCACUAUCUGAGGAACGUUUGCUGCAUGAACAGAUCACCCAUUCGGUUGUGAUCUUGCAUAUUCUGCAGGAUGAUCUCGACGAAAAGGUGCAAUGUCGGGUGAAUGAUUGGGACACAAUAUCGCAGGUUAAACUAAAGAUUCUCGACGCUAUUUUUAAAAAUACCCCAUUUUCGAUGAGACCAUUAGUGCACGAGGUUGAUCUGGAAUGGCGUCAUGGACGGGGUGGUCAUCUAACUUUGCAGGAUGAGGAUCUUACGACCAAAACUAUAAACGGAUGGAAACGUCUCAAUACCUUGGCGCACUAUGGUGUCAAAGAGUCGGCCGUAAUGUCUCUUAUCGCAAGGCAGAAUGAUAGCUAUAACAUACCUUACAAUAAGCAUCAACAUCCAGCACACUAUCACAAUUUUUACUAUAUUAACAACUCCCAAAGCCACAUUAUUAUGAACAACGAUGUUGAAUCUGGAUUGCAACAACCGCGAAUUUAUCAUCUCGUAAAGCCAGUCAUUCCUGAUCACUAUAUGAACAUGAAAAAUUCAGCCUUGUCUGGUGCCGGAACUUCCCAAUCAACGCAUUGUGUUAACAACACCAACGAGAGAGUUAACAAAACAAUACCAGAAGUGUAUUUGACUCGCUUGCUUGCUACUAAGGGUACUAUACAGAAAUUUGUCGACGAUUUCUUCGCCAUCAUUUUAACGGUAAAUGAAGAGCUACCACCUGCAGUGAAAUGGCUUUUCGACUUGCUUGAUGAGGCGGCCAAACGACAUGAUAUUGCUGAUACUGAUAUUGUACACGCCUGGAAAUCAAAUAGCCUGCCCCUACGAUUCUGGGUUAAUUUUAUUAAGAAUCCAGAUUUUAUUUUUGACGUUAAUAAAACUUAUUCUGUGGAUUCCUGUUUGAGCGUCAUAGCGCAAACAUUUAUGGAUGCUUGUUCCACAGCCGAGCAUAGAUUGGGAAAGGAUUCACCUUCCAAUAAACUUCUCUUUGCAAAGGAUAUUCCCAACUAUAGAGCGAUGGUUAAGGAAUUUUACCGCGACGUAGCUCGUCUUCCCCAAAUAAGCGACCAGGAGAUGAGCACAGCAAUGCAACAGUUGUCAGUCCAACAAACUGAUGAGUUUCAUACUAUAUCUGCUUUAAAGGAACUAUACAUUUAUGUAACUAAAUAUAGGGAGCAGAUUAUGGACGCUCUUGAGUCUGAUAUAAACUGCAGAAAAAUGCAACUUUCACGGAAACUUGAAAAUGUUGCCUGCACUCUUGAUGGCGAAGAUACAUCUAACUGCUGACAGUGACACUUUAGAUUUUGCAUAGUGUUAAAAGCUCAUUUCUAUUCUCACAUGGUAUUCGGCUGGAUCCAUUUUUGUGGAUUUAUUAUUUUGAAGCUGAUUUUAUAAGAAUAUUGUCAAUAUUAAUUGCAUUUAUAAUUUAACUUAAAGUAAGAAUAUUUUGUAACGAAUCUUAAUAAGCUGAGUUGUAAAUGGUUGCAAUUGAAUGUCGUUACUAUGUACGCAUACAUUAGAAUUCUUCAGACUGACAACAAGUUAAUCUGACCUUAGAUGUAGCAGAGACGGCUUAUUGCAAAAAUAUGUUCUUUAGCUGGAAUAUUUUCAGUUAUCCUGAUUUACAUUUUCACCAAUUGGUGUUAAUCGCAGGAACUCAAGCCCAUUUUUAAAUCAUGUAGUGUUCUGUUCUGAAAGAUAAUGCAACACAAGUAAUUACUUUUGUUUACAGUAUUUUGAAAAAGUGAAUCCAUUGUUUCCGGGUAGCGUUUUGGUAUUUAAGAAGCUAGAAGAACUUGAUUUUUUGCCUUAAAAUAACAUUAUUAUAGCGAUUCGAAUUCACGUGUGCCGGUUAUGACGCAAAUAAUUAUAGUUCAAACGGAUUUCGAAUUUUGAGCAAUGAACAAAUACCAAACGUUACCGUUUACGAUUAGUUCAAUAACUGUUAUGAAUAAUGAUCUGUCUACUUAAAGAUGAGCAUAGUAUUUUUAGAACAUGUGAUAUAUAUAAUAUUAGGGAUUUCUAAUUCCAUUUCAUAACUUACGUGCAUGAUUUACAAGUAUUUUGACUUUAACUUUUAUUUAACUUGUGUUAUGAAACGAAUUUUCGGAAACCUUUCUGUAAACCGUAUAAUGUAAGGCAGAUGUUCUCAAAAAUUAUAUAUGUCCGAAAUAAUAGAUUGUUAUCUCCGGGGCAAUCUAUUGUAGUAAAGAAAAAAGACUCCUACUGCCAAUGCCGGUGUACUCCGAUUCUCAACAUAAAUAUAUUCUCGAAUCAUUGAAUAACAAGUGUGGAAUUUUUUUUUGACAUUUAUAUAAAAAAGACUUAUUUGCAAAAAUUGCGUGUCUUGAAUAUUAGUAUAAGUCUUGGGCUUGUCCAUGUCCAUUUUAGCUGUAAUCCCAUAUUUAAGCAAAUGCCAUUUGUAAAAUAAAAUCGUUCACAUUUAGGAAUCCAAAACUUAUAUCUAUACAUAUUUAUAAGAACGCGAAAUACAAGUAAAAUAUAUACGAGUAUACAUACAAUACCCACAUCUUAAGCUAUAUUUAGUAUUUUGUAGUAUGUAUAUUUGAAUACUGAUUAUGUAUAUAAGUAAAAGUGAAUAAGCGCACUAAUAAAAGUAUAUUGUUUGAACGACA